AGGUCAAUGAGCUGGUUUCACGUGGUAAACAUGGACCAGAUGCCUUGGACAGGGUGCAGAAGAUGUAUGGAGGGUACAAGUUUGGAAACUCUACAGUGUACAACCCUUUCAGCGUCUCAAAUUACCUAUUCGAUGAGAAAUCUCGACCAUGGAAGGCAGCAGAUCCCCAGACCCAAGCUAGUCUAGAAAAAUUCAUACUUGCGCACGGACUCUAUCCGAUUCUCACCAUUCAAAGGCUGAUCAACGGUGAGCACGUUAUCAAAAAGGUACCCAGAGUCUUGGGGCAUCCCGAAACGGGCACUGGUGCAGGAGAAACUUCCUAUUGGGCCUACCUCAUCCAGUUUGGGUUCCUGACCUACUCAAACCUUGGAGCAAUCGGAGCCCAGAGUUUAUCCCGAAAUAUCUCACUGCGCAUCCCUAAUGAAGAGGU